AUGGCCGCCGCGCCGUCGAGGUGCCUCCUCGUCACUGGCCCGCCGGGCAUGGGGAAGACGACGCUGGUCAUGCGGGUGUUCGAAACCCUCAGAGGCUCUCACCCGAACCUCACCAUUCGCGGAUUCUACACCCGAGAGGUGAGAGAGGGCGGAGAAAGGGUAGGAUUCGAGGUUGUCACGCUCGACGGCAGAAGUGGACCCCUUUCCUCAUCCAAGGUUUCCAGCUCAGAGUCUGUCAGAUGGCCUACCGUUGGGAAAUACAAAGUAGAUGUAGCAUCUUUGGAAUCAUUAGCAUUACCUGAGCUGCAGGUUAAGGAAGAAACAGAUCUCUUCAUCAUUGACGAAGUGGGUAAAAUGGAGCUGUUCAGUUCAGCAUUUUUCCCUGCUGUAAUGAGAGUUAUUGAAUCCAAUAUACCAGUGUUGGCCACCAUACCCAUUCCUAGGCAUGGCCGGGACAUUCCAGGAGUUGCGAGGUUGCGGAAUCAUCCUGGAGCAGCUGUUUUCGCCUUAAAUACUGGUAACAGGGAUACGAUGAAAGAUACUAUCUACAAUCAGUUAAGCAGUUUGUUGCAGAAGAGGUGA